AUGGCUAAAAGUUCACUUCCAUGCAUUCUUUUAGUCCUCUUUUUAGUUGCAGUAACAUGCUCAGCUUGUGAUAAUGGUACUACUACUGGUUUUAAGGGGAUGUUCAUAUUUGGAGACGACGUCGUCGACAAUGGAAAUAACAAUGGCCUACUUCCAUUGUUUGUUAAGAGCAAUUACAUGCCUUAUGGUAUUGAUUUUAAAGAUGGUCCUACAGGAAGGUUUACCAAUGGUAAAACUGUUGUCGAUUUCGUAGCUGACAACCUUAAACUUCCUUACCCUCCUCCAGUUCCUGAUUUUUUCCAUCAGGGUACUAAUAUACUUCAAGGUGUCAACUUGGGCUCCUCUGGUACUGGCAUCCUUGGUAUCACUGGUUCAGCUUUAGUAGGAAUUCAGCACAUGGAUGAACAAAUAAACAAAUUUAAGAACAAAAUUUUGCCCAAGCUGAAGGAGAAGCUUGGAUGCAAAGGGCAAACCAUACUUCCUCAAUAUUUGUUUGUAAUUGGAACAGGAAAUAAUGAUUACUAUUCAUAUUACAUUUUGAAGCAAUACCUCGUCGUACCUCCUAAAGCAUUUGCUGCGAAACUUGUCAAGAAUUAUUUGAAGUACAUCCAGAAAUUGUAUAAUGAAGGAGCAAGGAAAUUCCUAUUGAUUUCUCCAUAUCCAAUCGGUUGCGGUCCUGGGUUAGUGAAGGAGAAAAAAGGAUGCAUAAAAUUCAUUAACGAUGCUGUCAAUUUGUUUCAUGACCAAUUGCUGAUUAUGAUUAAACAAUCCAAGAAUAAAGACAUGCCUGACGCUGAAAUUACCGUCCUCAAUUCGGGCAAAAUUAUCAUGGAUGUUGUCAAUAAGGUCACUGCUGCACCAGAUGCAGGUAUAACAAAAGUGGGUUGUGCUAUCACAAAUGUGGAUUGUGCAUGUUGCAAAACCGACUAUAAAGAUGUUUGCAAGAAAGGAGGACAAGUAUGUCUAAACAGAAAAGAGUAUUUGUACUAUGAUGGAAUGCACCUUACUGAAGCAGCAAAUUCUUACUUAGCUAGCAAGGCUUUCUCCACCAGUACUAAUGAUGUUAGCCCUGUUAAUCUUCAGAAAUUAAGCGGCGCCGCGUAA